AUGCCUCCGGACAGGUCGUCGUUCACGGCGCUCAACAUCCCCAAUGACGCCGUACCGGAGUGGAUGGGAUCGUUCACGCUUGCCGCGCCGCCCAACACCGACCUCUGGCGCAAGCCCCCGAGCCGCGACACGUCGACCGCGCCGAUACUGUACACUGCGCUGCGCCAUCCUUUCGUAUUGGCUGCCGUGACGGUGUCGGCCGACUGGGAGCUGGAGUGGGAUCAGGGCGGACUGGUGAUAUUCGCAGGGGCGCCGCCGCCAGGACGAAUCACGGGGCAACCACACGUUACACAAAACGCAGCACCACCUCCCGUCACCUCCUCCUCAUCACCAACACCCUCCCAACCUCCCCCCGCUCCCCCUCCCCCUCCAGCGUACAUUCCCCCAACCCCCCCAUCCUCCAAAUGGGUCAAAGUCGGCCUCGAAUUCUGCAACAACGCCUGCCACGCGACCUCCGUCUGCGCGACCUCCGACGGCGCCGACUGGGCCCUCACAUCCCUCCCCCCGCACCACGCCCGCCGCACCGACCUCCGCGUCAAGAUCGAACGCAUCGGCUACGCCCUCUGGGUCUGGUACGAGGACGAGAUGUCCGGCUGGCGCAAGCUGCGCGAGGUCACGUGGUUCUUCUGGGGCGUCGAGGACAAGGCGGUCCGGGUCGGCGUGUACGCUUCGAGACCCGCGAAUCUGGGCGGGGCCACGAUGUAUGAGAGGAGGAAUGGAGGCGGGACGGGGGGGCAGGGGGUCACGCAGAGGAAUCUGUGUGUGGACUUUGAGGGGCUGGAGAUUAUGUAG